AUGAGCGAGAUAUCACACAACUUGCUGAGCCGCAUUUUUUGGUUCAUGUCAUUUGCAACUCUGUUUGCGCGUAUCUUCGUCUUUCAUAGACCUGCCGGCAUCUCGCUUUCGUUCAAUGGAGGCAAGGACUGCACAGUACUCUUGCAUCUCUUUGUCGCUGUCCUCUACAAGAUCCAUGGCACUGAACAGCAGCAACAUACACCCCCAGAUACCCCCCAGCAUGAGCAACAGAGGCCGCCUCAUCCUCAACGCUAUCCCAUUGCCUCCAUCUAUGUCACCGAUAAGAACCCGUUCGGUCAGGUUGAGCGUUUUGUUGACGACGAGAUCGAAAGAUACAACUUGAACUUGGUCAGGAUACCAGGACCCAUGAAGAAAGCACUCGAGGAAUACAACCGGCUCAAUGGCAAUGUUAAUGCCAUUAUGGUUGGAACUCGUCGCGACGAUCCCCAUGGAGGUAAUGAGAGAUCUGUAGUAUUGGUUUCCCAUUAG